AUGUCAGACUCUACCAAAGCCACAGCGGCUCAGAAGGUGUUAUCAACAUGCGAAUUAAUCAGCGAGAUUCUUCAGAAUCUCUACGAAUACCAUUCCACCGACGAGACUAACGAAAUCUCAGAGCACAGUCCACCAUCCUGGUACUCAAUGCUAGCAAAGUAUAGCCGCAUCAACAAAUCCUGGUUCCGCGAAGCAAUGCGUCUCCUUUGGCCAGAUGGAACAGCAGUCAAGCACCGCUCACUCAUCCAGAUUUUAUCCAUAAUCGAGCCCAGUCGCAGACAAUUCUAUGCAAACUACAUUCAAAGCGCCUGCUUUGUAGAUGUCUGCAAGGCGAAUAUCCGCAAAAAUAACAAAAUCCUUCGUGGCAUGGUCUUCCCCAAACUUCGGUACCUGGCUGUCAUAGUUAACCAGUGCGGUCGACAAAAAUUAUGGAUGCCAUAUCUCAAUGCCCCGCAGCUUGAGGCUUUGCAUGUCCGACUGGCGACUAUACAGUGGAUUGAUCGGUACAGCAAUGUCAAAGUGAGGUUUGAAGGAAAACAUUGGCGGGGGCCGUCGCUUCAGUCCAGCAUAGUGAUGAGGCUCAUCCGCCGCAUUCAGGUACGUUACUGGCCCGGCUCAUAA